GAUUACUAGUGAAAAUGCUUAUUUUCUAAUUUAAUACAAACUUUCACCUACAGAAGCUAGGGGAUGUAAUAUCGGUUCCUUUGUUUAUUGGAAUAGUUUAAUCGGUUUUGUUACGUAUUUUACCGUUCGUUUGUCAAGUAGAAAAGCGAUUGGGAUAUGCCCCAGAGUAGUGUGGUUGUGCGUCACGACGACGAUGUGCUACCCGUCCGCCAGCACUAGCCAAGCCGACCUAUUCGAAGUCAUUGAUACAGAAGGAAAUGUCCGAAUCCAGCGUCUACAGGUGCUCUUUCGGUUUUAACUUGAAUUAAAAUCGACAUACGUUCAAUACACGAAGGUGAAAACGCACAAGUUGCUGCACUGAGUGAGGUUCGCUUGUGAGUUCGACUACUGUAGUUCAAGUGACUCGUCGGAUUGUGUUGUAUCGUGACAUGUAUGACAUUAUGCAUAUCGCUGAAAUCGUAUCGAUCAGAAUGUUAUUUCAAUCGUUUGAUGCUGGGUGAACUGAACCAGCUGAACGCGCGAAGCAGCAGUAAAUCCGAAGCGACUCGUUGCGGUAUGUGCCUCAUCCGCUGCCGUAGUUCAGUGGAAUGACGCUUUAAAAAUUCGAUGCCACUUCGGUGUGAUUGGUGGAAGUUAUUUUAAUGUACAUACAGUUGCAUCCUGGGAUCUUUAUGAAAUGAUCAAACAAUGAAAAUGUACAUAAUUGAGCUCUCGGGAGUACCGUGAUGUACUGCCAUGUGUUAUGGAAUAGUAUUUCAGUUGUAGGGGUUAUAAAUUAACUGUGCCCAAAUCUUCUAUCCCGUCACUGUACGCUGUGUUUCCCGCAACGACUCCUUCGACUCGAGCUGUCGUUCAGUAUCGCUUCUCGGCCUUUUGGCUAAGAUCAAGUGUAGUAUCUGUUCUUAUCAGUUUAAUAUCUGAUACGUCCCCUAUCUGGGGACCAUAUAUUAAAUUGAUUUUUGGAACAGGGAGAUGGAAUAGGGGCUUGCUCCGUCCACUCCACGCAUCGACCUGGUAUUGCAGUAUAUCCAGGAACGGUGCACUCCCCUCCCGGGGAAAAAACGUGGUUGAAUAUUAAUGGCUUUUAAUUUAAAUAGUUGUUAGUUGUGUGUUAACGUUUGUGGGAACCUGGUGUUUAAACCUGUAUUUAACUGCGGUUCAGGGUGUGAAUUGGGUAGUGUGGGGUGUGAAUAAAGUGGUCUUUGGAGUGGAGUGAGGCUGUGUAAGGUGCAUUUGAUGGGUUGAAAGGUAAAUAAAGGUACUGCAUUUAUAAUUUGGACCAGAAUCCCAAAAUAAAUACGUUUAAGAACCAGUCAUAUAAGCCUACAUACAGUGAGUCUUUAGCCCUGUUUGUGUUGAGCUCCCUCUCAUGGUGUAAGUGUUUCACUACACCAAGGAACUUGGUCUUGGCUGUUUUGAGUAUUUCAGUCAUUGCUGAGAUAUUACUUUGUGUGUCUGUGUGCAUUUGAGUGUGUGAGUGUGUGUGUUUGAGCACCGGUGUGUGUGAGAUUUGCAUAUUGGCUCUGUUAGCUCUGCAGCUCUGUGCGCGUGGGGUUUAGACUCUGCUUGUUUCCCGUGGCGAUGGCUGGUUGCUGGGCAGCGUUGCCGUGGCAGCUGGUUGUGCUGGGCGUGGUGUGGGGGCCGGGGUGCUGUAGUGUGGGCACCGUCCCGUCUCCGGACUGCAGCGAGUUCCUGUUCGGCGGUCGCCCCCCCGCAGGCCUGGAGCACCCCACCCUCCGCUACGUCUGCCAGCGGCUGAACGGCCGCGUGCGAUUCCUCACCCUGUACGACCCCGUCGCCCGCAUCCCCGUGUACUCCGCUUACCGCUUCCACCGCUCCGACGGCCUCAAACGCGCCGACGCGGCCUGGAUGUACGAGCCACAGUUGUCAGAUGUGUCAGAGUCGGGGGAGAUGCAGCCGAUCCCUCCGGAAGGGCUGAUGGGAAGGGUGGAGGCCAUGCAGGCGGUGCUGGAGGACUACUCUGACAGCGUGGGGUUUGUUCGGGGACAGCUGAACCCGGACGAGCACCAGUCUGACCCCGAGGAUAAGGCGGCGACAUACACGCUCACGAACGUGGUUCCUCAGGACGCGGGCUUCACCGGGCCCUGGGCGCGGCAGAACCACCGGGUCCGCCAGCGUCUGAACAACUACUGCCGCGGCCCGGCCCACAUCGUCACCGGGGUGACCACCUCCGGCCUGGCGGUGCGCCGUGCCGGCCUCCCGCGCGUCGCCGUGCCGACCUACCUGUGGUCGGCGUACUGCUGCCCCGAGUUCGACCGGAACGCCCCGCCCGAGGAGCGCGCGCGGCUGCCCGCCUUCGCCGCCCGGGGGCAGAACCGCCCGGGGGCGCCCGUCUCCGAGCUCCACCUGGCCGCCCUGCAGGACUUCCUCAGGAGCGCCACCUACGUCCCCCACAGCUUCCAGAUCUUUCUGCAAGACUGUGGCGCUCCCCCUGCCCUCCUGUUCCCCGGGCCCCUGCUCCCGAGUCCCCUGCUCCCGAGUCCCCUGCUCCCGAGUCCCCUGCUCCCGAGUCCCCUGCUCCCGAGUCCCCUGCUCCCCGGUCCCCUGCUCCCCGGUCCCCUGCCCUCCGGUCCCCUGCCCUCCGGUCCCCUGCCCUCCAGUCCCCUGCCGUCCGACCCCCUGCAGCCAGGCCAUCUGCCCUCCGACCCCCUGCCCCCUGACCCCCUGCAGCCAGGCCAUCUGCCCUUUGACCCCCUGCCCCCUGACCCCCUGCAGCCAAGUUUCCCCGGCGUGCCACGGGGCGCUGCCACGGUGGUGGAGGACUUCAACCACGUGGAGCGGUGCAAGGACUCGCUGUACAUGGGCACGCCGCCCCGCGGCUUCAUCGACUACCGCCUGAAGAGGAUCUGCCAGCGCUACGCGGAUCGCCCGCGCUACGUCACGCUGUACGACCCGCAGAAGCGCAUCCCCGUCUACUCCGCCUACACCUUCAAGAAGACAGAGGGCGACCGGCGCGUGGACUACCCCUGGAUGUACGAGCCUCAGCUGGCAGAGGUGGAUGGGAACGGGAACAUGAUGCCCUUCCCACAGGGAUACCUGCACAUGAAGUUUGAGGACAGCCAGGCGGUUCUGGACGACUACUCGGACGUGGUUCUGUACGAGCGCGGGCACCUGAACCCGGACCAGCACCAGUCUGACCCGCACGACCGCGCCGCCACCUACACGCUGACCAACGUGGUGCCGGAGAUCCGCGAGUUCAACAUCGGGCCGUGGCAGCAGCACGAGGAGCGCAUCCGCAUCCGGCUCAACAACUACUGCCGCGGCUCCGCCUACAUCGUCACCGGGGUGACCACCGCCGGGCACGUGAUCCGCCGCAACAACCAGGACCGCGUGGGCAUCCCCGAGGACGUGUGGACCGCGUACUGCUGCACGGAGUACGACCGCAACGCCCCGCCCGACGUGCGCAUCCGCUUCCCCGCCCACGCCGCGCUCGCCAAGAACGCCAAGGAGGCCAACGCCGUGCACGAGCUGACCGUGCUGGACCUGGAGACCUACCUGAAGGGCAAGAUGGACGUGGACCAGAACUUCCAGAUCUUCUACGACAACUGCGUCUCCCCCUCCCCGCUCCCGCAGUACCUCCACCACACCAUCUAG